ACGUUACGUUUAACGCAACGCGAGUUAACGUUCAGGAGUGCCAUUGAACUACAGAAGGUAAGAUCUCGUGUGGUGUGUUCGCUUCCAGCCCAGUUGUAUCGCAGUGAGCCAGCUUCAUCAUGUUCCGGCCCAAACCGACCCUGAAGGACCGACAGCACCUGUACAAGCUCAUCAUCAGUCAGCUGCUCUAUGACGGAUACACCAGCAUCGCCAACAGCCUCAUGAACGAGGUGAAGCCACAGAGCGUGGUGUCUCCAUCCGAGCAGCUCAUGCAGCUGGCCAAGAUGGGGAUGGAGAAUGAUGACAGCACUGUUCAGUACGCUAUUGGGCGCUCUGAUACAGUGGCUCCGGGUAUUGGCAUUGAUCUAGAAUUUGAUGCUGAUGUCCAGACCAUGUCCCCGGAGGCUUCAGAGUAUGAGACCUGCUAUGUCACAUCUCAUAAGGGCCCCUGCCGUGUUGCCACGUACAGUCGGGAUGGGCAGCUUAUUGCCACUGGUUCUGCUGAUGCCUCCAUCAAGAUUCUGGAUACUGAACGCAUGCUGGCCAAAAGUGCCAUGCCCAUUGAGGUCAUGAUGAACGAAACUGCUCAGCAGAACAUGGAGAACCACCCUGUGAUCCGGACUCUCUAUGACCAUGUUGAUGAAGUCACCUGCCUCGCCUUCCAUCCCUCUGAACAGAUUCUGGCCUCGGGUUCCAGAGAUUACACCUUGAAACUCUUUGAUUAUUCAAAACCUUCAGCAAAGAGAGCCUUUAAAUACAUACAGGAAGCAGAAAUGUUGCGUUCAAUCUCCUUCCACCCCUCUGGUGAUUUCUUGCUGGUGGGAACACAGCACCCCACCCUACGUCUCUACGACGCCAACACUUUCCAGUGCUUUGUGUCCUGCAACCCACUAGAUCAACACACGGACACCAUCAGCAGCGUCAGCUACAACCCGUCCGCCAACAGCUAUGUCUCCUGCAGCAAGGACGGGAGCAUCAAACUGUGGGAUGGCGUCUCCAACCGCUGCGUGUCUACGUUUGAGAAGGCACACGAUGGAGCAGAGGUCUGCUCCGCCAUCUUCUCCAAGAACUCUAAGUACAUUUUGUCUAGUGGAAAAGACUCCGUUGUGAAACUGUGGGAGAUCUCUACAGGCCGAACACUAGUGAAGUACACAGGUGCGGGACUCAGUGGCCGUCAGAUGCAUCGGACUCAGGGCGUGUUCAACCACACAGAGGACUACGUGCUGUUGCCCGAUGAGCGCACCAUCAGCCUCUGCUGCUGGGACUCGAGAACGGCUGAGAGGAAGAACCUGCUGUCCUUGGGUCACAACAACAUAGUCCGCGCCAUCGUCCAUUCUCCUACUAACCCUGGCUUCAUGACCUGCAGUGAUGACUUCAGGGCCCGCUUCUGGUACCGUCGCACCACCACAGACUGAGCCCAGCCUCCGCCGAAGCUCUGUCAUCAUUCUCCCUUUAAUCAACAAUGUCUUUCACUUCAAAUAUGUGCCACGUUGCCCGUGAAACCGUUCUGAAGAACAGCGGAUGUGCAUUGCAAAAGCAAAACCUCGAGUUAAAAUACCAUCAGUCGUCGCUGUUUCUUUUCACAUGCAGCGAAUAAAACCACCGGACUUGAGUUUAGUUGAAGUGAAACUGACGACUCGUACUGCUUCAUUCAUUUAUUUCAUGUGUUCCACUGACC